AUGCAAGGCGCAGUUCUGACGAUCGGGAGCAAUUUUGGUUUGAGUCUCUUACUCAAGGACACUUUGAUAUGUGGACAAGAGGAGCUGGCUUAUAACCCAGUUUCCAGCUUCACCUCUCCACCCCCAUCUGCAGCCAAAGUGUGCAUGCUUCAAAAUAGCUUUCAGCCAGGUUUUGUUGCCAAGGGUGACUAUGUUAUUGGGGGGAUCUUUCCCCUUCACUAUAACCAGGAGAUGCCAGACCUCAACUGCACCUACAAACCACCACCAGUGAAGUGCAACGGCUUCUUCAUCCUGUUUGCACUGACCCUGUGUUUCCUGUGUUCCCUGGUGUUCAUUGGGGAGCCAACACGUUGGUCCUGCAUGCUGCGCCACACUACCUUUAGCAUCACAUUUUCACUUUGCAUCUCCUGCAUUCUGGGGAAGACUCUGGUGGUGUUGGCUGCUUUCACUGCCACCAGGCCAGGGGACAACAUCAUGAAGUGGCUGGGGCCCAAACAGCAGAGGCUCAUUAUCUUUAGUUGCACUCUGGUUCAGGUGGUUAUCUGCGCUGCCUGGCUCAUUGAUGCUCCCCCUUUUCCAUCCAGAAAUACACAAUAUGAACGCUCAAAGAUCAUACUGGAGUGUAGUGUGGGCUCCAGCCUCGCAUUCUGGUGCGUUCUAGGAUAUAUUGGUCUACAGGCCUGUCUGUGCUUUGUACUAGCUUUUCUGGCCCGUAAGUUGCCGGGCAACUUCAACGAGGCCAAGUUCAUCAAUUUUACCAUGUUGAUCUUCUGUGCUGUGUGGCUGGCAUUCAUCCCUGCUUACAUCAGCUCCCCUGGGAAGUAUGCAGAUGCAGUGGAGUCAUUUGCCAUUCUGGCUUCCAGCUUUGGCUUGUUGUUCUGACUGUUUGCUCCAAAGUGUUACAUUAUUUUACUGAAGCCAGAAAGAAAUACAAAACAGCAUCUAAUGGGGAAAAAAAACCUCAUAAGUUAA